AUGCCCCAAACACAGCCCCACAACCUCCGACAUUACGCCUACGUCAGCCGCAUGCGCAAGCUGAUAUCCUUCCUCAAGAGAAUCGUCAAAGACGACCAAGACAGUGGAGAAGUCAUAGUGUUGAUUGACUGGAUCGAAUCCGGUGGGUUUAAGGGUAUUGGAGACGAUUGUGCAUCUGAUUACGAUGCUCAGCACGAGAACGGAAAUGAGGACAUGGCUAUGGGUGACACUUUCUUGCAGGACACUAUAAUAGAGGAUGCCUGGGAGUUUUGA